AGAAAUGGAGAACUCAACUGAGAUUGUGUCUUUUGUGCUGGCAGCCUAUGGACAUAUUGGAGAGUUAAAAUACUUAUAUUUCAGCAUAAUGUUGUUAUGGUACUUGUCCAUAUGUGUGGCAAACACAACUCUUAUUAUAGUCAUAUAUGUGGACAAAAAGUUGCAUGAGCCGAUGUAUAUAUUGCUAUGUAAUUUAUUUGUGAAUGAAAUUGGUGGCAGCACAUCACUGUAUCCUCUUCUGCUCUCACAGAUGUUUUCAGACACACACGAAGUGACGCUGCCGUGGUGUUUUCUGCAGAUGUCUUAUAUCUACACGUGUGGUUCUGUUGAGUUUUGCAGUUUAGCAGCCAUGGCCUAUGACAGAUAUGUUGCAAUAUGUUCUCCUUUACGUUACAACGUCAUUAUGAACACAGGAAGAGUAGGCAUGAUCAUUGUGCUUGUGUGGACGUAUUCAUUUGUUAAUUUUAUAUUGGCAUUAUCUUUUGUCAUCCGUUUGAAAUUUUGUGGAAAUGUCAUUGACAAAGUGUUUUGUGACCACCACUUAAUAAUUAAACUUGCAUGUUCAGUUUCAGCACUUAACCAAAUAUCUGACCUGGUUUUUGCCUUUGCAACAAUGGUUAUCCCAUUUAGUCUCAUUUUAGUCUCUUAUAUGAAGAUUUUGGCUGUUUGUCUCAAUACGUCCAAAGAAAACAGACAAAAAGCUGUCUCCACCUGCACACCUCAGAUUGUCUCAUUAUCGAAUAUGUUUGUUGGCUGUAUUUUUCACUUUGUUGAUUCCAGGUUUGAUGUGGCCCUUGUGCCGGAUAAAUUACGUAUAAUUUUGUCUGUGUAUCUCCUCAUUUGCCAACCGAUCAUCACUCCCUUUAUGUAUGGAUUUAACUUUCCAAAGAUAAGACAAUCGUUUGAAAGAUUUCUGUUUCAUAUGAAGUAA